AUGGCGCGCAAGGCGAAGGCUGUCGACUUCUUGGUCAACCGCAUGAGCAAGAUGCGCCUGAAGGACGAGGCUCUCGCCCUGGCAGCAACCGUGAAGGAGGACAUCAGUGAUGAAACCGCCGAGCGCCCGCCUUUCCGCUUCUUCGACCUUCCGUCCGAGCUGCGAUUACGCAUCUACGAGUUCCUGCUCAUCCUCCCCAAGACUAUUGACCUUGACCCUACAAACUAUCGCAUAGUCGCUCCCUAUCUCCGCCUCUUCCUCGCAUCCCACCGCAUGCACGAAGAAGCAUCGCGUGUCUUCUACGGCCGCAAUACCUUCCGCGUUUUCCCUAUACACGGUCGCUACAUCAAUCGGAAGCACCCGUUGCUCGCGUGGCUGCCCCGAAGGUACCGUGCAUACAUCACAAGGCUAGAGUUGCGGCUCGGUCCAGGCUUCACGCGGCCGCCGAAAGGAUGGGUCGUGGAUAGUCGCCUCGGCCUUGCGGCUGCAACGAAGAUUCACAGGUUGAAAAUCUUCAUUGAGAUUGACCCUGCGUCGAAUGAAAUCUUCGAGGGGUUCCGCGUGGGGCAGGACUUUUAUACAGAAUAUUGCGUGAACUUGCUGAGGGGCCUGCUCGCACAGGUGCCCUCGGUCAAUGAGGUAGAGUUUGAUGCCUACCCUAGCGUCUCGAAGUCUAGCCCACUACUGGAAGGAUUGCUGGUAGAGACGAAGCUGAACCAGAAACGCAUUACUUGGGGGCCAGAGAGGGGUUGGGACAAGAUUGUUGAGGUUGGUCUCGCGAAAACGUUGCAGAACAAGGCCCCGACGACGCUAUGA